CGCUCAGUCCCGGCCAGCCUUCCCAGCGUGUGGUUGGGAAAAGCCUGCCUCAGUCUUCUGGGGCACUGACACCCCUGAGCAUAUGGGAGUGCUGUGUAAAUAUAGCCAAGACACGAUCCCCCACACUGGCCAUUCCACCGGCCCAUGGGCAGAAGCAGGGCUGUGAGGGGAAGAGGACUCCUGACAGCAGAUAUCGACUGGAUGUGUCCUGGAAGCUCAUUUGCUGAGAGGGAAAUUAAGUUUUCAAAGAAAGAAGCGGAAAGGAAAGAGCGAGAAGCUGCUCCUCCCCUCCUCCCUGCUGGUCUCUCUCACUCAGCCACGCUCUCACAUCUUCAGUGCUUUCCUCUGUGUGUCCUUCCACGCUGCAACCUGGUCUGACGGGGAGGACCGGGUGCCGUAGUCGUUUUUCUGCUUCACGUUUCUAGCACGACCUCUGAACCAAAAGCAGGACAAGAAAAAAUCUGACCAGGUACAAGCAGCCUCCCUGCUUGAUGAAUCUGGAGUUGGGCUGCAGAGCGCGUACAUCAUUUGUUGACAAAAGGUGUCUGCUCUAGGAUUACCUUCCCUUUGACUGACACGUUCCACCGACCUCUGACCUGCGGCCUGGGAGCUCGUGAACUGGUAAGGAUGAGAUCCAGGAAAAAUGCUGUGGAGAGCCCAACUAGUGGGCAAGUGAUCGUCCCCCAGCUGCCCGAUGUCACCCGAGAAGAUGUGGACGAGAAUGUCCAGUGUUCCAAGAAAAGGAGAGUGAAACCCCGACAGGAGAAAGACGAGGAGAACCUGUCAGGCAGGACGGCAAAAGGACCACAGAAAAGCUCAGAGUCCGGGGCACAAAAACCAGGACUGAAGGAGCUUCCCCAAGAGGCUCUGCUGAAGCUGCUGGGAGUUAUGGAGGGCGAGGUGCAGGCGCGGGACGACGUCAUUCACAUGCUGAAGUCGGAGCGGCUGCGGCCCGAGGCCCUGGAAGCCCACUACGGCUCAGCGGCUCCAUCCCGCGUCCUGCAGGCCCUGCAGCGGGACGGGUUGUUCACCAAGUCCAUCAGCGACGACGUGUACCAGCUGCCCAUGGCAGAGCUGGAUCACCUGGAGGAGAAGCACCGUGAGACGUAUCGGCGGAUGCUGGAGCAGCUGCUGAUCGCUGAGAAGUGCCACCGGCGCACCAUCCACGAGCUGGACAAGGAGAAGCGCAAGCAUGUGGACUACAUGAACAAGAGCGACGACUUUACCGGCCUGCUGGAGCAGGACAGGGAGAGAUUAAAGAGGCUUCUGGAACAAGAAAAGGCAUGUCAGGCACGUAAAGACAAGGAUCACAAACAGCGACUGGAGAAGGUGAGAGAGGAACUGGCCAAACUGAAGUCCUUUUCCCUAAUGCUGGUGGAUGAGAGGCAAUUACACGUCGAGCAGAUUGGUCAGCAGGCCCAGAAAAUCCAGGAUCUCAACAAGAAGCUCCGUGACAAAGAGCAGAGGGUGGAAACCAUUAGCAGAAAGAGCAAAGAAGACAGUCAAAGGAUUCUUAAGCUUGAGUUGGAGCUGGAGCACAAGGCAACUAAGUUUGUGCAAGACCAUGAAGAGAUGAUUGCCAAGCUGGCCGUCCAGGAGACCCAAAACCGACAGCUACAACAGAAGCUGGCUAGCCUUAGUCGACGUCUCGAAGAGCUUGAAGAGAGCAACAAGAUUCUGCAGAAGUCUGAGGAGGAGCUGCAGGAGCUGAGGGACAAGAUCAGCAGGGGGGAAUGUGGCAACUCAAGCCUGAUGGCCGAACUGGAGAACCUGCGCAAGAUGGUCCUGGAGAUGGAAGGCAAAGAUGAAGAGAUCAUGAAGACAGAAUCUCGGUGCAGAGAGCUACAGAGGAGACUGCAGGAUGAGGAGAACAGCAGCAGGGAUCUAAAGCAAGAAGUGGAGAAACUGCAGAAGAGAAUGGCUGAGAUGGAAAAGCUGGAGGGGGUUUUUAAUCGGAACAGAUCGGAAUGUGAGCGGCUGCACAUCACGUUGGAAAAAGAGAAAAGUCUGACAAAAGAAAUGACUAAAGAAAUGGAGACGAUGAAAAGCAGAGUCAAGGAUCUCGAGUCUUCAGAAUCGCGACUUGAAAAGGCCGAAAAUAGUCUAAAGGAUGACCUAAAGAAGCUGAAGUCUUUCACUGUGAUACUGGUAGAUGAAAGAAAGAAUAUGGCAGAAAGAAUUAAACACAUGGAAAAGAAGAAUGAGGAUUUGAAUAAGAACUUUAAAGCGGAGCAAGCUAAGGUCACUGAGGUUACAGAGAAGCUGAUUGAGGAGAGCAAAAAGCUUCUCAAAUUAAAAUCAGAAAUGGAAGCUAAGGUGACAGACCUCACAAAGGAGAAUGAGGAACUAAAGUGCAAACUAGCAUGUGAAGAGGAGACGUGCAAUAAUCUGAGCUCGGAGGCUAAUCGAAUGAGGAAGAGGCUGGACAGCUUAGAGGAAGCCGAUGGGGAAUCUGCUAGAGGCAGGAUGAAGAUAGAGCUUGGAAGACUUGGAAGUGAAGAUAAUAAAGUUAAAGAGCUCACAAUGGAGAUCGAACGGCUAAAAAAUCGUUUGCAGCAGCUUGAGGUUGUGGAAGGGGAUCUGAUGAAGACCGAGGAUGAGUAUGACUUGCUAGAGAAGAAGUUCAGGACGGAACAAGACAAGACAAAUGUGCUCUCUCAAUUGCUGGAGGAAAUGAAGACUCAGAUUGCCAGAAACAAAGCCAUUGAGAAGGGAGAGGCUGUGAGUCAGGAAGCAGAGCUGAGACAGCGAUGCAAGAUCGAAGAAGCUAAAACAAGGGACCUUCAGGCCGAUGUCCAAGCUCUCAAGGAGAAGAUUCAUGAGCUCAUGAACAAAGAGGACCAACUGACUCAGCUUCAGGUAGAAUACUCUGUUCUACAGCAGAGGUUCAUCGAAGAGGAAAACAAAAAGAAAAUCAUGAACCAGGAGGUUCUCAACCUCACCAAGGAACUGGAGGUGACCAAGCGGUACAGCCGUGCCCUGCGGCCCAGCGUCAACGGCAGGCGGAUCGUAGAUGUGCCUUUAGCUUCCACAGGGGUUCAGACCGAUGCAGGCACCAGCGAGGCAGCGGAGGAGGACACAGCAGCUGUGUUCAUCAGGAAAUCUGUCCUCGAGGAGAACCACAUCAUGAGCAACCUUCGGCAGAAAGUCCUGAAGAAGCCCGUUCUGGAGCGGUACCCCCCCGCAGCCAGUGAGAUGAACAUGAGCAAAUCAUGGACACCCUGGAUGAGAAAGAAGGACACCAUUAGCCGAGGCAGACAGGACAAAACAAAUCACAAUAACGAGGAGUCAACGCAACCGCCCGAGAUGACCAUGUCCCAGAUGCCAGGGCGACCUCUGCACAUCAAGGUAACGCCGGACCAUGGAAACAGCAGCGCGACGCUGGAGAUCACCAGUCCCCGUGCAGAGGACUUCUUUUCCAGCACAACCAUAAUCCCCACCCUGGGCCUACAGAUGCCACGGAUCACCAUUGUCCCAACACCCACCAAAGUAUCAUCCAGAAACAAUGGCCGUGAGGCUGCAGGGGGACAGGAUGCAGAGCGGAACAAGUCGCCCGUCACGAUCACCGCUAUUUCCAGGGCCAAAUCGCCAGAGAGGGGCCAGCCGACUUCAUCUGAUGAGGUUAAGUCACCUCUGUCCCCAGUCUCCAUCAUAACUGUCAGCACCUCCCCCAUUUCUGACUCCACUAGCUCGCCAGAGACUCAGGAGCCCUUCACAGGCCGCAAGGUGCUGAAGAUGGACCCCGAUAGGCAGGGCGGAGCCACACCCACCCGAAAGUACGGCUCCAAUGGCAACAUCAUCACCACGGAGGACAACAAAAUCCACAUCCACCUGGCACCCCAAUUCAAGCGGCUGACGGAGGCCAGUGGACCCUCCAUCACCGUGGCGACAGUGACCAAAGAGGUCGUCACGGGUACAGUUCGGCCAUCUCCAAGUCACAGCGCCCCAGUGGCUGCAAAGAGCUCCCCCGGCAAGAUCAUGAGCAGCAUCAUCAUCAACCCCAUCGCCUCUGCCCCCUCACGGCCCACGCAGUCUGUGUUGCUACUGAAAUGUUUCAAAACGAUAUCAGGUGCUGACUGCUCCGUAGGUAGCUCACAGUCCAGCACAGGCAGGACGUGCAGUCACCUCGAUCCACAUCCACACGCAUCCCUGUUUCAAAAGCAUGCCUGUAUCUGUGUGAGCAUCUUCUACCUGUGCCCCUGGCAAGCCUGUGCUGUUAUUAACCCUCACCUGUGCUGGGGAAAAUAUUGUGCACCAUGUGAAAGUUCCACCAAGAUGAAGCUGUCACCCAUCGCUGCACAUCUGCUUUCAGACGAAAAGGCAGUGGAUCCAGAUCCAUGGUCUUCAGGCGACGCCAGAGAGUCAGCACUCUGAUGCCAGAGGGGCCAGCUUCUGCUCUCACUGACUCUGGGCUUUCUGGCAUGGCGGGGGAGUCUUGGAAAUGUACCGAAAUCUGGCAGCAUGAGAGAGAAGGGAGACAUGAAGGGCACAUUCGCAGCACUGUGCUCAGCUAAACUCAGAGGGAAGGACAACAUCUGUGCUACUGUCAAAUAUUCAAGUUAAUAGAGUUUAGUAGGGAGAAGCACAAUCCCAAAGAAAAGUGUAACAUGCACUGAAUAAAACAAUACUCUCUUUACCAAAAAAAAAAACCAUCAAAAAACUGCCAACUACAUUUGAAAUACAUACUAUAUAUAAGGUUUUCACUAUAAAUAUCAUAACUUUUGUGAAAGACCAUUGAACCAUGGUACCGGCAAAUAUUUGUUUUGUGCCUGAAAAUUGUAAUUCAGUUGGUAGAAAGUGUAUCAUUUGCCAGUAUCGGCAUUAUGUUAUUUCUCACUGUAGGUUUUGUGCAGGUUAUAGCAUAGGUCAUUUUGAAUGUCUCUCAUCCAGGCAGGUGAACAUCAAGCCAAAUAGCCACAUUUCCUGAUAUCCUUUAGCUUGGUUAUAGUCCCGUUAAAAAUCUGUGGUUUUGACUGGGAUAUUUAUACAAAGAUAUGUUUUCUGAUAUUGCCAAUUUUAAAGGAUUUCAAAACCAAUCAAUUGUAUUUGUUGUACCGUAUAAAAUGUAUAAACUAUUCGUUCCUUAUAUUUCUUGGUUGCAGUAACAAAUAUAAAUUUUACUGAA